CUGUCUCUCAUUCUCUCUCUCUCAAAUAAAUAAAUAAAAUCUUUAAAAAAAAAAAAUUAUCACAGUCCUCUGAAGUGAUUAUUUCCCUAUUCUGUCUUUAUCCUACCUUUAACUAGCCUUAUUUCUGUAUCAGGAAUAUAUUUGUAUAUGUGCAGUACUUCUUAUACUUUAAUGGGAUUGAUUCUUUAACUAUACUGCUCAUCACCAACUGAUAAUUAUCUGUUUAUUACCGGCAUUGCCCGAUUGAACUGUGAGAUCCCUAAGAACUGUUCUCUCCUCUUUGCCCAGUACCUGACCUGGCAGAAGGAAGGCCCUUAGUAAAUAUUUGCUGACUGAAUGAAGGAGUAAGAGACAGAAGGAGGCAAAGGUUCUAAAUCCAACCAAGUUCCAGCAGGGGGUGCUCAGAAGGACUUCUCAUUUCAUAAAAUCUUUUGUAUUUCUCAUUUCUAUUAUGCCUAGCAGAGGAUGUGGACUGAAUUCUGGUCAUCUGAGGAAUAACAACUACCACAGGAGAUAAGGCUUUUGCCAUACCAACAUGUGUCUGCCUGGCUUACCUUUCCUAACGGGUGAUUUGAGACAGUUAUUAAUACUGUGUGAACCUACAUUUUCUCAGUUAUUAAAUGACAGUUAUUAAUACCCAAUUUGGAGGGUUGUUAGGGCAACUAAAGGAGUUUAUAUUUGUAGAGCUACUAACAGUGCUCAGUAAAUAGAGGUUGGUAUUAAUAUUUGCAUGGUAGGAUAUUCAACAGUUUUUAAUGGCUGUCACAUGUUUUAUCUGCACAGAGAUGGCUAAAGAGUGAUGUUUGAUGAUUGAGAAAAAAUGUCUAUUGCUUAAUGAUGGAUAUUGUGAACUGGUUACCCAGACACUCCAGUAGUCAAAGAGAAAUUGAGAUCAACCUCUUAAUUUAAACUCAAAAGCUUCUCUGAAGUGGUCUUCUGAGCAAGAAAUGGAAUAUUUUGGAAAUUCUCACUAUCAGAUUCACAAGAUGGCAGCCCUUGAUGUGAAUCAGGUGUGUGGUCAUCUUUCUUGGGACCCUUACUGUCUUCAUGAGGGGAAAAUUGAGGAGGCAAGGAUGGUGGCUGGGUUACUGAUGAAUUCUUCUCAGCACUUAGUGACCUUCGAGGAUGUGGCUGUGAACUUUACCCAGGAGGAGUGGACUUUGUUGGAUCAAACACAGAGAGAUCUCUACAGAGAUGUGAUGCUGGAGAACUACCAGAAUCUCAUUAUACUAGGAUACGAAUCAUGCAAACCUGAUCUCAACUCUUCAAUGGGAGGAGCAGGAGAGCUGAGGACAGGAGGGAGAGGAAUUCUGCAGGAAUUGGAUUUGCAGCUCAAAACCAAAGGUUCCACAUCCCUUCAAGAUAUUUCUUCGGAAAAAACAUCAAAUGGAAUACAAUUGCAGAGAAGCAAUGCUGGAGGGAAGCGAUAUGGCUCUCACCUGUAUGGAAGAGCAUUUAGUGGGCACUUAUUUAUGACUCACAGUAGACAGAAAACUUCUAAGGGUAAUCAGAAGGGGAAAGCCUUUAAAAAGAACUUUAUUUGUACUUUGCUCAAGGAAAUCCCUGUUGGGGAGAAAACUUCUGAGAGUGUUCAACAUGAUAAAGCCUUUUGUCAGCUUUCAAAUCUUACUGGGCACAAGAAAACUCAGACACAAGGGAAAGUAUGUGAAUGCAAAGACUGUCAGAGAACUUCUGUUGAUCAGUCAUCCCUUAAGAUACAUAUGAGACACCACACUGGAGAAAAACCAUAUGAAUGUAAAGAAUGUGGGAAAGCCUUCCCUCAUUCCUCAUACCUUACAGAUCAUAGACGAAUUCACAGUGGAAAAAAGCCCUAUGUAUGCAUGGAAUGUGGGAAAGCCUUUACUCGAUCUACAGGACUUAUUUUACACAUGCGAAUUCACACUGGAGAAAAACCAUAUGAAUGUAAGGAAUGUGGAAAAGCUUUUAUUCACUCUUCAUACCUUACAAAACAUGUAAGAAUUCACAGUGGAGAAAAGCCAUAUUUAUGUAAGGAAUGUGGGAAAACGUUCACUCGUUCCUCAGGACUUGUCUUACACGUGCGAACACACACUGGAGAGAAACCCUAUGUAUGUAAGGAAUGUGGGAAAACGUUCACUCGUUCCUCAGGACUUGUCUUACACGUGCGAACACACACUGGAGAGAAACCCUAUGUAUGUAAGGAAUGUGGGAAAGCCUUUAAUAAUUCUUCAAUGCUCAAUCAGCAUGUAAGGACACACACUGGAGAGAAGCCAUAUGAAUGCAAGCAAUGUGGGAAAGCUUUCACUCAGUCUUCAGGCCUUACCACACAUUUAAGAACUCACACUGGAGAGAAGGCCUAUGCGUGUAAAGAAUGUGGGAAAGCUUUUGCUCGUUCUACAAAUCUUAAUAUGCACAUGCGAACGCAUACUGGAGAAAAGCCCUACAAAUGUAAAGAAUGUGAGAAAGCCUUUAGAUACUCCACAUGCCUUAAUAUUCACAUGCGAACUCACACUGGAGAGAAACCAUAUGAAUGUAAGGAAUGUGGGAAAACCUUCACUCAGUCUUCGGCACUUGCUAAACAUUUAAGAACUAAGGCAUGUGAAAAAAACCUGUAAAUGUUCUUCAGACCUUAGUAUUCACAUCUAAACUCAUCUGGAUAAAGUACCUUAUGAAAGUAAAGAAUGUGUGAGAAAUCUUUACUCAUUUUUCGUCCUUAUAUGAUAGGAACUUUCUGGGGCAGAAUUCCCAUUCAUAUAAGGUAUAUGGGAGGGCAGUAGUUGUUCCUACUUUACAAAAUGUGUAAGAACUCACACUUGAGAGAACCUUCCAGUUAUAAGGUAUGUGGGAGAGCCUUUUUGUUACUGCUCUAAACAUUAAUUUUACAUAUCUAAAAUUACUGUGAAAGUCAGGGGUGCCUGGCUCAGUUGGUAGAGCAGGUGACUCUGAUCUCAGGGUUGUGAGUUCGAGCCCCACUUUGGGCAUAGAGAUUACUUACAGAUAAAUAAGAAACUACUGUAAAAGUGAUGUGAAGGUAAGAAUGAGAUACAGCCUUAAAAUACGACCACAUGCUUUGAUAGCACGUGAUAACUCAUACUAGGGAUAGAUCAUUUGUAUGUAAGGAAUGUGGUGAAACCUUCGUGCCAAGGCCUUAAUAUCCACAUGAGACUUCAUACUGGUAUAAAACCCUACAAAUGUCAAGGAUCCAGGAAGACCUACAGUUGUUUCUUAUAUCUUUUAAGAACUCAACAUUUAAAAAAACAGUGGAGAGAUUUCUGUGGGAAAGCUUCGGGAAAGCUUUUAGAAAUUCUUGAUUGCUUCAUAUGCAAGGAGACUCAUGAGUGUAAGAAAUGUUGAAAAUUGUUCAAGUGUUAAUGGGUAAGUCACAACACGCAGUGAAGAGAACCUUAUGAUGGUAAGAUAUGUGGGAAAACAGCCCCGUAUGUUAACAUUCUUUGGUAAUCUCACAGAGGCAGAAAAUGUUACGAAUAUUAGAAAUAAUGGGUAUGCCUUUAUGUGUGUAUGUGUGUAUGUGUUUAUUUUUUGGCUUUUGACCUUUAGUAAAAAUAAUCCACACUGGAGAGAAAUAGUGGUUGUAGGGUACAUGGGAAAUGGUGUAUCCAUCUUAUACAUCUUACUCUACAUGUGAAAACCCACCCUGGAAAGAAGCUGAAUGAAUGUAAAAAUGUGGGUAUGAUUUUUGGUAAAUACACAUCCCUUAAGAGACACAAAAUACUCACUGAAAGAAUGAAGUAUGAAUGAGAGGAAUUUGGGGAAGCUUUCAGGUAUUGCUCUUCACUUACUGUACACAAGAGAAUUCUUCCUGGAGGUCAUAUUGAAAUAAAUGACAUAAAUACAA